AUGAGCAGAGGGGUGGAACAAUUUGAUGCCACCUGGACGAGCAUCUCGGCACUGGCUUGCCAACAAAUGAGCGACGUUCUUCGAAUUCAGAAGGAGGUUACCACAUCGGUGUAUGAAAGAAAGGUCCAACAGUUACAACAAGAAGUGGAAGGCCUUAGAAGCGAGAACGAGAGCCUGAAGAGUGAAUGUAGCGCUCUCAAGACGAAUGCCAAGAUUCUAGAGCUCGAGCUACAGAGAUGUCGGUCGGCCAUGGAUGCGAUGCAAGCCAGUACUGAAAGCUCGAAGCGGCGAGACCUGAACAGCGUGGUUUCCACGGCCAAACAGACACGGGAGAGUCUUGCAAGAGUGGACAAUGCUUGUAAGAACUUAGAAAGAAGAAAAGAGCUCGAAGACAAUUAUGUCCAGGUUGUGCGUAGGAAAGAUGAAGAAAUUGCUGACCUGAGAGAGAAGCUGUCAAGAUACAAAACAGAGAAACAAAAAGUGGCACAAGAACUAGAUCUAGUGUUGAAGCAGCGACACUUCAUUUCGGAACAGCUCGUGUUGGCGAACGCAGGCGACGACUGUGCAGGAGAAUCCAAAUGA